CAUCACUAAUUACAAAAAACACGCUGCCGGCAUUUAUUUUGAUAUUACGAAAUCGGCAGUAGCGAUCGCAAUUAACAAUUAAAAACUAGCAAUAUGAUCCAGCAACAGCGCCAGAGAAUUGAGGCCGCAGUGACCGAGAUGAUCGACGACAUGGACAAGACGCACCUGCGCAAAAUGCAGAACGAGAUGCAUUUGUGCGCGGCCAAGUGCUGCCAGGAUGGAACCUCCAGCGUAGACAGUGUUCAGAGAUGUGUGGACCGCUGCUCCACGCCCAUGACGAGGGCUCAGAACUACGUCCAGCACGAGCUGGGGGAGUUCCAGGGCAGACUUCAGCGUUGCGUCAUGCAAUGCAACGACGAUGUGAAGGUGAAAAUGCCGCCCAAUCCCAACGAGGAUCAGAUAGCCAAGUACACCGACCAGUUCGAGCGUUGUGCGAUCCAGUGCGUGGACAAGCACGUGGGUCUGAUCCCCGGGAUGAUGAAGACCAUGAAGGCAGUGCUCUCGAAAGGUCCCGAGAGCAUUCCCCAAGUCUAAGUCAGUCUGCAUUUAUUACCCAAUUAGUUAUUGUACUUGUUAAUCUUAAAACCGUGCAAUAUUUACCUCCUCUGGAGUUGUUCAACAUUUUGCUAACGGAAUUAAGAAUUUUAAACAAAAAUUACCUUAUUAGCUGUAUAAAGUCUUAUGUACCGAUCAAAUGUAGUGUGAACAAUCUCUGGACUGGAAUCAUGUCAAAUUUUGCCAUCAUUAAAUAAAAAACACACAUACUUUGUACACCGAAAA